AUGGUGCUGGGGAGUGCUGCACAGAAGAAUAGUGACAAAGAAACUACCUCACUGGAAAAGCCCUCAUUACCAGCUUCUGAUGGGUUUCAAAAUCCAGUCCAGUCUUCAGGACUAAAUUCCAAGAUCUGUAAUCCCACAAAUCAAUUACUUGAUCGUUCUGUCUCUGCCCCUGCUUCAAUUUGCUCAUCCGAAUCUAGCCUCGCAGAGCCCACUGAUCCUAGAGCUGUCAACUGUGUGCAGACAGAAGCCUUCAUGGAAGUAGAUGUGGUUGAGCAGUCUGUAGCUGAAGCACACAGCUUGGAGAGGGAGCAGAAGUGGCAGGCUGGGAACAGAAGUGUAGUUGACCCAAACUCAGACACCUUUUCCAUGGAGGUGGAGUCACUCAAGUCUGCAGCCUCCCUGAGCGAUUCGCUUUCCACCGGUGAUGUCCUGCGUGUCCAUCAGCUGGACACGGAUCCAGGAAGACCUUCAGAAGAGCCCUGUUCCUCUCUAGCAUCAGCCCUGAAAGAGCUUCACAAACUCUUGAUUAUCAGUCGGAAAGGAGAAUGUGCAGCUCAAGAUGCUCGGCGCCUGUUGACGGGAGCACCCCAGAGAAGCAGCAGUUCUGCUCCUGGGGGUCCGUGGCCGUUGGGUGGGCACGAGGAACCUCUGCUGAGCCCACCAGCUGGUUAUCCUGGACUUCCCUUGGGUGCUCCUCCACCACCUGCCUUCCCUGCAGCUGAUGUUGAUCGGAUCCUCAGCGCUGGCUUCAGCACGCGGGAGGCGCUGGAGGCCUUGGAGCGGGCGGAUGGCAACGCAGAUCUUGCUCUUCUCAUUUUGCUGGCCAAGAGUAUCGUCGUUCCUACGUAG